UUCUUUACAGGAUCGGCGAUGCUGUAUAUGACAGACGAAAUCCACCAGAGGCUACAUAAAAAAAAUCAGGCCCCUUCUGGCAAGAUGUGAUGAGGACACAUGCCUAGUAUUCCCUUGCCGGAACACUAGCACACAGUGCUGUGCAUCUCUCACAUAUACUAACAUGGCCAAGAUAAACACCAAAACCUUUAAUAGGGCCGGUGAUUACGUUGGCCAGGUUUAUCCUCGCCGUCUUAAGAAAUCCUGCAUCACCAUCGCUUAUGAUAUGUCCACCGAUCCCGUUUGGAGGGCCGAGGUAGCUACUAUGGCUGCGCACUCGGUGGACACUGCAACGCGCUACUAUGCCUUCAAGGACAGCUCUGCAGCAGGCGAACGGGUGUUUACCAGAUUGCAGCAGGAGCUGAAGUCUACAGAGCCCGCGUUGCAGGGAAGCUCUGAGACGGAGGAGGAGGAUGAAGCCUGUCCAGAGGCAGUGGACGAUCCUGCCAGAAUUGAAAGUCCUCUCCCAUACUUGGCGUAUGAUCAUAACGAUCAGGCUGCAUCACCUAACAAGGCCAUUAGGGCUGGAUCUCCAGCCUCAGGUCUGGCCUUCAGCAUCGUUUCAGGUGUCCAGGCAAUGGGACCGCCACCUUCACCCCCUUCAGCACCAACUGGAGGCCAGAGCAAGGUGCUCCUCCCUCAGAGGGCUGCGUCCCCAGCCUCCAGUGGGGAGUCGAGCCUCGUUUCAGGUGUCCAGGCAAUGGGCCCGCCACCUCCACCCCCUUCAGCACCAACUGGAGGGCAGACAAAGGUGCUCCUCCCUCAGAGGGCUGCGUCCCCAGCCUCCAGUGGGGAGUCGAGCCUCGUUUCAGGUGUCCAGGCAAUGGGCCCGCCACCUUCACCCCCUUCAGCACCAACUGAAGGGCAGAGAAAGGUGCUCCUCCCUCAGAGGGCUGUAUCACCAGCCUCCAGUGGGGAGUUGAGCCUCGUUUCAGGUCCCCACCCCGUGAGCGGACAAUACUCACUGAAACGCUCCAGAAGUCCUGUGGCCUGUGUGAAAGGCAAAAGACAAAGAAUAAAAAGAAAUACAGCAUGCAGUGUCACUGUCAAAACAAUUGACAGUGUUGUUGGACAGAGGUUCAACAAAAUAUUGCUAAAUAUGAAUGAAAUACGCAAGAACACUUUUAGGGUAAAUUGGAAACAAGCAAAAAUUCAAUAUGACAGAAAGUACAAACACUUGCAUGGAAUAAAUCACAAAGCAUUGCGUAGUAUGAGGACUGAAGAUAUGGACAUACACGAGGACACUCUCACCUCGCACCUGUCAAAACAGAGACCCUGUGCCUACGGCUUACUACAAGACACGAUGCGUAUUCCACAUCCGGUGGCAUACACAAGCCCAGCUACCAACUCCAGGUGGCAACCAGCCACGCAGGAAGUCAAAUUACGCAUAGCUAACAAGUCGUGCAGACGAUGA